AUGGGUGGCUCCGAGGUCCGCCUAGCCAAGCUAGCCGAUGUCUCCCAAAUGUCUGAAGUGUUUGCAUACGGCUUCGUCGACGACGACGUCUUCGGCCGCUGGAUGCACCCUGGCCGCCACGAGCACCCAGAAGACUGGUUCCGAUGGUGGCACGUUGAGGUUCGAAAGCAUGUCCUGGACCCUGUCGCGAGAUGCUUCGUUAGAACCAACGAGGAGGGCAUAAUAAUGGGGUGUAUGCUCAUGAAGCGUGUUGGCGAAGGAGCUAAAGCGCUGGGUGGGGCUGAAUCCUAUGCCGAUAUGCUGGUCCGGAAAAUGUACGAUGCCGACGAGUAUGCUGACAGCUUCACUGGAACGAAUCGAUCUGCCGAUCCUAAAGCCCUUGAAGCAUUUGAGCAGAAUUGGAAUGAGAUUGAGCAUCACUUCACCGGACCGCGAGCCGAGUCCUGGAUGAUUGAGCUGCUCUGCAUCCAUCCUAACGCACAGAAGUCCGGAUACGGCAAGGCUUUGAUCGAAGCUGCUAUUGCUGUAGCUCGGUCUGAGGAGCCGCCGUUGCCAUUGGCCGUCAUUGCGAGCGAGGUUGGCGAUGCUUUCUAUGAGAAGAUAGGCUUUCGUGAGAUUGGCAGGGCCAAUGUUGGUGCCAUGAGCGAGGUGGAGGGAGGCAGUCUCAAGUUCUAUGAGCAGCACUUGAAGACGUGA